AUGGCUAAUCAGGGUGAGAAUAAUGUGAUGAUGAGGGAUUACAGAAAAGGGAACUGGACAGUUCAAGAAACAAUGGUUCUUAUAGAAGCAAAGAAAAUGGAUGAUGAGAGAAGAAUGAAGAGCGAGAGAGGCAAACCAGCUGAGUUGAGGUGGAAAUGGGUGGAGGAUUAUUGUUGGAGAAAAGGGUGUUUGAGAAGCCAAAAUCAGUGCAAUGAUAAGUGGGAUAAUCUGAUGAGAGAUUUUAAGAAAGUUAGAGAGUACGAGCGGAGAGUGGCGGGCGGAGGAGAGUUGUCUUAUUGGAGGAUUGAGAAAAGUGACAGGAAAGACAAAAAAUUGCCUUCCAAUAUGUUGCCUCAGAUAUAUGAUGCAUUGGUUGAGGUGGUGGAAAAGAAAGGUUUAACGGCGGCAGCCACUGGUGGUUCAAAUGCCAAUGCCACUGUUGUGGGGUUGCCUUCUGGAUUAGGUCAGCCUUCAAUGCCUCGUGUGAUGCAAAAUCCUAUGCCUGCACCAACUGUGUUGCUACCACUCCCACCAACGGCGCAACCCACCAUUCUUCGAUAUUCUCAGCCAUUGCCGGCGGCAGGUUCGGAUACGACUGAGUAUUCAGAUUCACCAUCCAAGAGAAGGAGAAGAAGAGGAGAAGGAAGCAGUGGUGGCAGCUUACAUGAAGUUGGAUCAGCAAUCUCAAAGAGUGCUUUCAUAAUAGCAGAAGCCAUUCGAUCAAAUGAAGAAAGAGAAGAAAGAAGGCACAGAGAAGUUCUGAGUUUGCAUCGAAGAAGACUGCAAAUUGAGGAGUCUAAGGCUGAGAUCAAUAGACAAGGCAUUAGUGGUCUGGUUGAAGCCGUCAACAAACUCGCCGAUUCUAUUCAUUCUUUGGCUUCCCACAAAUCUAAUUAA